AUGUCCGGUUUGGAAGAAGUGACAAUAGUCAACCUGACAGUAGUUACUGAUGAAGCCUUGGGCCCCAGCAGCCCCUGGGGGCACAGGCAGAGUUCGCUGACUCUUGGCAGCUGGAAACAGACGUUUGUCUCUUGGUCGUUCUGUCUCUCUCUCCUCCUCCUCCUCCUCCUCCUCUUCUUCUUCUUCUUCUUGCUUUUCCUUUUUUCCUCUUUCUCCCUCUCUCUCUUUUCAAGGUGGAAUCUAUACAGCGAGAGACCUACAAGGAAUGCACUGAUCUCUAGAGAAGCCGCAGCGCCCGGAUUCAGCUGCGCAAGAGGACCGCCGCGCCGGCCCAAACGCUCCCAGUCCGUCCGCGUGGGCCGGCUGCUGCAGGGAUGCUCCGGAUGUCUCUCCCUUCCCCGCCACUGCCUGCCGGGGUUCCUGGUGAUGGGAUUUUAUCCUCAUGCGCAGAAUCACAUUGCCAGGGAUUUCCAACGGUCGGUGAGCCGCCACGUGCGGAUGGAGACCUACCCCCCCCCCUUCGGCAGAGCCCCAUCUGCGGAAUGUGCUGCUCUGCUGUACCAGUCCUGGUCGGAGAAUGCGAGCGGGGAGGGGAAGGCAUGGCGAAAGCGGGGCGGAGACGGCUCCGAGGACUCGGCCCGCCCCGCUUUGGCCGAGUCUGAAACACGACACUGGAACAGCAGCUGUGAAAUUCCGUCGGACCGGAUCCCCCGCUGUCCCCGAGAUCCGGCCGGGGUCCGGAAAACCUUCAACCGGAGUGGAGAAUCCCUCUUGUCGUCCUGA